AUGAUGGCAACAAACAUCAUCGACUUUCAGAACUGCUUCAUCUUUAUCUUCCUCUGCUUCUUCUCACUACUCUGUUACACUCUCUUCUUCAGGAAACCAAAGGACUUUACUUUGCCUCCGAGUCCUCUUUCUCUACCCAUCAUUGGUCAUCUUCACCUUCUUCUCUCUGUUCUAAUCCACAGAUCUUUACAAAAACUCUCGUCCAAGUAUGGUUAUAUUCUCUAUCUCCGCAUCUUCAGUUCCCCCAUAGUCCUCGUCUCCUCGGCCUCAGUUGCUUAUGAGAUCUUCAGGGCACACGACGUUAACAUUUCCUCUCGUGGAUUCCCUCCGUCCGAAGAUUCCCUUUUCGCUGGAUCUUCCAGCUUCAUCUCUGCUCCCUAUGGAGAUUACUUUAAGUUCAUGAAGAAGGUUCUUGUCACCAACCUGUUAGGAACUCAGGCUCUCAAGCGGUCACGAAGAGUCCGUGCUGAUGAGCUAGAUCGGUUUUACAAUAACUUGUACGAGAAGGCAGUGAAGAAGGAGACCGUGGAGAUCUUUGAGGAAGUGUUGAAUCUCACAUGGACGUGUUGUUGGCAAGUUAUGGAGACGAAAAUGCAGCGUAUAAGAUCACUAGGAACCAUAUCAAAUCGUUUUAUGUGGCACUACCACGCCGGUACCAAUACAAUGGACAUUGGCAGAGAUCAUCAACAGCCCCAAGACACUUGGAGACUAAGAAGGGAACUCGACUCUGUGGUAGGGACAACAAGGUUGAUUCAAGAAACAGAUUUACCAAACCUCCCUUAUUUGCAAGCAGUGGUCAAGGAAGGGCUAAGACUACACCCGCCGGAGCCUAUCUUCGAGAGAUUCUCCCAAGAAGGGUGUAGAGUAGGAGGGUUCUAUGUACCAGAGAAAACAACCAUAAUGGUUAAUGCUUAUGCUGUGAUGAGAGAUCCAAAGUACUGGGCAGAUCCUGAUGAGUUUAAGCCAGAGAGGUUUCUAGAUACAUGGCAAAAGGAGGAGAGAAAGGAGCAAGCACUUAAGUACAUUCCUUUCGGAAGAGGAAGAAGAGGCUGUCCUGGAGAAAAUCUAGCUUAUAUCUUUAUAGGAACUGCAAUAGGUGUGAUGGUUCAGGGAUUUGAAUGGAAAUUCAAAGAAGAGAAAGUUAACAUGGAAGAGGUUGUCGUAGGACUGAGCUUGAGUAUGACCCAUCCUCUUAAGUGCACUCCCGUUGCUCGAACUCUAAACCCGCUAAUUCUGAAUUGA